UCCAGUGAGUCUGUGUACCGUCCAGACGGCGCCAUCUGUAUGUUGAAUCUCACAGCCUGACCUGUUCAUGUGGGGAAAGCUCCAAACAGUGUGUUUGUUUGUGUGUGUGUGUGUGUGUGUGUGUUUGGAUGGUUUCUCAGAGCUCUGGCUCCAACAUAAGUAGUUACCUUGAGCAGCCAGCCUGAUGCUUGACUCCAUUCAUUCAUUCCUCUGGUUCCUAAAAACUCUGUGAAAGAAACGUUUGUUCAGUUUCACAUUCAGCUGAGAGAUUCUGAGCUCUGAAGACACUCAGACAUUUAACAGAUCCACAGCUCACUGCUCAUACUGCAGACAUGAAGGUUGUGAUCCUGUUUGCUCUUUUGAGUGGGGUUUUUGCCGCCCCAUUCAUAAAACAAGAGGAGGCGAAACGAUUCAUCAGGCUGAAGAGACAGUCAGGAUACUGGGACCCACACCACUCUCAGAACAUGUGGGGAUACACAAUCCAAGAACAGGCCAACGAGUACUGGACAGCCCUUCGAACAGAUGCUCAGUACUACAUGGACAUGAGUAACCUGAUGUUUGACCGCUCUGUGGCUGAUGAAAACAACAGGCUGUAUAUGGAGAUGUUGCGCAAUGCACGAGCUCACCUGGACAGCCAGACCGGUCAGCAGUGAUAGGAAGCCAAGAGGAGGACAAAUGAGGAGAUGAUAAAACUUAUUUUUGCCUUUCAGUGCUAUGUUAUAUCUGUAUUAAGACCACAUUACAAUUUAAAAUAGUUACAGUUAAUACAGUUUGAAAAUAAGAGUUAUACUGAUUACCUUUAAUGUCAAACCAGCAUCAGGCCAGUGAGUUAAACAGGACAAACAGAGGUUUUGAUCAGGUAAUUAAAGCAUGUUCAUAAUCCUUUACAGAUAGCGAGGCUUCAGUUUAAAUAUUAAAUGUACCUAUUUUUUCCAUAAUACAAUCAUAUUAAAUGUUUGUGAUUUUGAGUUGUUCAAUAUGAAAAUGUUCUUUUAGAAUAGUAUUGUCCACAAUCAAACAUUUCUAUUCAAUAAAAAGUUUAAAUCAAAGCAACUGAAACUGUGCAACUGUGCUUUUUUAUAAUUGCAAAAAUCUAAUUGUCUCUUUUUAACAUUUUAUAUCCACCCUCAAGAAAUCUUGCAUGUUGUGCUUUUGGUGGUUCUACCUUGGGCUCUGAGGAAAAGGAAAGUGGAAGAAUGUUUUUCAUAGAGGUCUUUGAGGGGAAAAGAUUUCUGUUGUUUAAAAUUGAUGUUUUUGUCAUCUCUGUGGUUUACCACUGGGUGGUGCUGCCAUCUGUGGAUAUUCUUAAUGUGUAUUUAUUCAUAGUACUGUAAAUUUGUACUGUAAUUCUAAUGUAAUACAAGUAAUUGUAACUUUUUCACUGUACUGAUAUUCUCAACCUUUGUUUGCA